AGCUGUACAAUGUCUUCUGGUGAGUGGCCGCCGCCGCCUCCACCCCAGUCGGGCCACAGACCACAGCAUCCUUACCAGUACCAUACACAGCGGAGUCGAUAUGAUGUACACCACCCACCACAGCAGCAGCAGCAGUCACUACCUAUGGUACAUGACUAUGGGGGCUCUGUGGACAUACAUGCAUGGUGGAUGGUGGCGAUGCAACAGCAGCAACAGCAGCAGCUUCACCCGUCGAACCUCAUGGCUUACCGCCGUCAAAUCCACCACGGCUUUCCUGCUCUUCCUGUCCUGCCGGUAGGGCACUGGCAAAGCUGGACAGGAGGGCCACCACGACAAGCGAAUCCCGUCGUGGACCCUCGUAUGUAUGACCAGAGGCGGGAUGAUGAAGUUCAUCGGCGCCGAGGGUGGCACUUCCAGGCAGCCCCGCGAGAGGUUCAGCGAGCGCCAGUUGAUCCACGGUCGCCCUCCCCACUUCGGCUCCCAUCCAGUCGAACGCAGAUGACUAGCAGCGGGCAGAAGAACGAGGCGUGGACUUCACAUGCAAGUUCCCCGAGGCCGACGCUCAGCGUCCAACGAUUAGUUGAUCAUGGUUACCGUGCUGGAUCUCCUAGGCGGCGUAAUUGGACGCCUAGAUCCUGUCCGGAAGCGAGAGUUGACCCCUCAGAGAGCAGUGGCCGAUGUGAUCGGCAUAAUUCCGUUUGCUGGACGGUCGGUCGCUCACGCAGGCGGAGGAUAGACGAAAGCGGGCCGCUAACUAAUUCGAUGCAGAAAAGACGGCGAGUCUCUCGGACGGAAUAUUUGCGAUUGCCUGUCUUUUCUGAGGAUGAGCGGGGUGAUGUCGCGGGGACUGGCCAGCAGCAGCGGCCGGCCUCGAAGACGCGGUCUUUCAUUGAGCUGUUGUUGGAGGAUCGGCGGAAAUCUGCGGCUUCUUUCUCGACACCCGAGCGGAGCGAAGCGAGAAGGGAUGAAAAGAUGGAGAAUUCGUCCUCGGCCACCCCACCUCCCACCAGGCGGCUGUCCGUUAUAAAGGAGGGAACGGAGGUGUCGGCUGGUCACUCAUCGAGGAGCACUCCGCAGGAACUGAGGAGACAGGUGUCACCCCCACAGACAGAUGUCCGGUCAUGGUAUGAUGGUGAGAGGACGCCAUCGUCACCGUCUUUGCCGCGGAUCAACCCAGCCGACUACGGUUGUGGCGUACCGGAGGAUGACGGAGGGUUUACAACGGACGUUGAACGUGGCUUGGCCGGCGAGGAGGAUAUCGGCAGUAGCAGCAGCGAUGAUGAGGCAUCCAAUGAGUCUGGAAACGACGAGGAUUCGAGCAGUGAGAGCAGUGGUUCGGCAUAUGAGAUCGUUCAACAAGGGGACGAGAUCGUCAGAAGGAAGCGGCGGAAGAAGAGGGAGCCUGCGAGGGGCUUGGAGUUUAUCGAUUGGAGCGAAGAAUUCAACACUGGUAUCAUCGCUACCGCCCACGAGCCGACUCUGCGGUUCAAAAAGGUGGUGACGCGAAGAUUCGGGGCGAAACUCAGAGGCCAUCCGAUGUUCCGAGAGGACGUCCAGCGACAAGAGCAAGAGAAUGGAGACAAAACGCAUGUUGCAGAGUUACAAAUGUAGUUGCAGCGGCCAACGCGGCCAUCAUCAC